UUUAAGAAAAGUUUUAAUUCUACGAAAAACUAUAAACCCUAGUCAUUUAACAUAAUGACAUUUAUUCAUCCAAUCAAAAGGUGUAUGGAGUAACAAGGAGGAGUUUAUUCAGAUACAAAACAUUGCAGAAUUUACUUAAAAUUUAGAAGGGACUGAUGCAACAGUGAGACAAGCAACAUUGACAAAGGAGCUGCAACUUGGCCAACAUCACAAAAUGAAACCAGACAUUAGUAUUGGGAAAGAGGAGAAAGGGGAUGUCCGGAUUUUUACAUCUAGCCCUAUGCCUCAACCAACACCAAGUGUUGCCCCUAGAAGGAAUGGAAGAAAAUAUGUUUGUGUGUCUGUUACUGUUGUCUUAGUUGUUGCCAUGGUGAUUGGAGGAUUCUUUGGAGCAAUGCAUAUGAUGCAUAAAAAUACAUUGAAGACAUUUGAAACAACCAUGAUAAAUGCUGAAGGCAGAUACAUGAAAGAGAAGAUCCAGAUUGACGAGGAUAAAGAAACUGCCACAGUUGAGGGAAAUGAUGAUAUGACUCAAUUUAAGCUCAUCAUGGACUACAAACAUAAUUUAAGUGUCAGCAGAGUGUGGCUGAAUAAAAGACAAGAGUCAGUUUGUUAUGUUGCACCCCUGAACAAACCUGGUCUUCCUAGCCUCAGAGAGCUGGAGCAAUACUUAGAGACACAUAAAGAAGAAAUACCGGAAAGAAGUGGUGACCCUAUAAGAGAGAGCUUCUCUAUUAAUAUUGAUCCAAUAGAAGACAUCAGUUUCCUUGGAGAUGAGGUGGAAGCCAUGUGCAAGGGCCUGAAAGCAUACUGGGCCAUCCCAAGACAGGAAGAAGGAAGCAGACAUCAUCGUGAAAAGCGACAGACUGGAGAUGAACAGCCUGAUACUACUCCUGAAGAUAAUGCCUUUCAUCCUAACGUGACAAUUCACUGCCCCCUGCCAAAGUAUGGAUUCCUGUUUUGUAAUCAAGACACAGAAACACAAUGCACCUAUGAUUGCUGUGAAAGUUAUCUAUGUUACCCUGUUUUCUUUGGCCCCUUCUAUUACUACAAUUGUUAUUAUAAUGAUUGCACCCUGACUGUAACUAAAGACCCAUGUCACUGUGUGUUCAGGUCUCAGUUCAUGUUCCCUCCAUCAGAAGAUGAAUAAGAGGCUAAAGAACAACCCCAUACACCUACACCAGACAAAAAGACAGCAAGAAUCCUUUUAAAUUUCUUGUUUACAUUUUCUAUCACAGUAGUAAUCAAUCCCAGGCUCCCGGCAAGGCUUUAUCUAACAUUUAGGCAAAAUGGAAAAUUUGAGACACUAUGAACUUUUCUGAUGCAUUUUUCUUCCAUAAAAGUGAAUAAUGUGUGCACACAAAGAAAUAUGUAUGACAGGAAUUUUCAGAAUUUUCAUAACUGCUUUUCUCCACCUUCAGUUGAUCAUCCAUUGAAAUAUCCUUAUACAAAAAAACAUUAAAGUGAUUUAUUGAUGAUGAUGUCACAUAAAGUUGAGAUAACCAUUGUGGUUAACUUAAGAGAAAAUGAGCUUCUAAAAAGUUUUUGUCAAGGAUCUAAUAUGGAUUAUAAAUGGAGGGUUAAAAGUCAAGGUGACACUUAUUUUAAAGAUCAUGAAUGCUACUUGAACAUAGUGAAUGUCCUAGAAUGUGCAUGAAUCAAAUAACCUUGUUUACAUAUGUUAGACUAGAGCCCAUGGUUAGACUGAACAUCAAGGCAAUGUAUUUGUUAUUUAUAAUGGCAAUUUAAUUUGGUUUUUCAUCAAUUUUAGAAUAUUGCUGCCUUUAUAAUUUGGGAAAUUUAAAUAACUGACAAAAAACACAAUUAGACCUAAAUCAAAUGGAAUUAUAAAAGUAAUGUGAUUACUGACACAAAAUUAACCCAUUUAUGGAACUUCAUAUACAUUAUUUACUCUUGAAGAUUUUAGCAGAUAUUCAAACAUUGUAUUCUUCCGAUUUGCAAAAUCGGACACAAUAAUAUGGAAUAGGCAGGACCUCCAUACUAAUUUGUAACUCGGUAUAUUUGUGGUAUAUGUUCAUGGAAUAACAUUUGAACAUGUUAAUGCAAUAAAAAGAGGUACAAGAACUUCUGACGAGACAAAAAUAUUUUGUUAGUUUGUGAUGUGUUCAAGAAUAUUCCAUGAAUUAAAUAUACAUUGUAUGUGAUUGUAGAAAUUAUAUAUUCAGAAAUUAAUUAUUCAGAAUUAAGAAAUUAUAAUCAAGAUUAUCCCACCCUAAGUGCUUUAUAUGAUUGUAUAAUAGCAUUGUAUAACCACAAUAUAAAACCAACACUCAUGAGAACGAUAUACAACUCCUGGAUAGGGUAUACAACUCCUGGGGAGCAUAUACAACUCUUCGAC